AUGGCCAAUUCUUUAAGAGGAGAAGUUCUGAACCUUUAUAAAAAUCUGCUGUAUCUUGGACGAGACUAUCCCAAAGGUGCAGACUAUUUCAAAAGGCGUCUGAAGAACGUUUUUCUUAAAAACAAAGAUGUGAAGGACCCAGAGAAGAUCAAAGAACUUAUCCGACGGGGUGAAUUUGUAAUGAAAGAGCUAGAAGCCUUAUACUUCCUUAGGAAAUACAGAGCUAUGAAACAACGCUAUUAUUCAGAUGAUAACAAAAGUAACUAAUCACUGGUUCUACCACUUGAAAAUCGGUGUGGCUGUUCAUGUAAACCAACAGUUAUGAAAUAGUUCUAAUGUAAAAUGGCAAGAGCUCUGUGAUGUGCCCAACCCACCCGAGCUGCCUUACUUCCGACAGGGCUUACCCCUCUCUGAGCGCUCAGCUGCCCUGGAGUCUCCCUCUUGACAUGGGCAAACUGCCACGCACUACGUUGCUGCCAGUCAGCAAUCGCCAAUUAAUGAGCACCCAAUUGUGCAGGAACAUAGAGUGUCCUUGAAGAAGCCUUUAAACUUAAUAAGCUUAUGCCAGUGAGACUCAGCCCACUUCUCUAAUCUGCUCGUGCACAUUGAACAUAGGACUUCUUGGAAAUUGAUCCCUUUGAGUUUUUGAAGGGUACCCACUCCCCCAAGUUUUUUUUUUAUUUUUUGAACCCCCUUUGGCACAUUAGGACAUAGCCAUGUUUCCCUGCAAAGCAAGUAACACCUGUAACGAUUAAAGCAGAGUCAUGAAAACAAUACAUAUCAAGCACUUUUCUCAUCCUGAACUAACCCGACAGCGACUGACAUCACAGACGUGUUUAUUCCACGGCCACUUCUGCUGCUGGCUCCCUUUGGGCCUUGAAACAAAGGACCUGCUGUGAAUUACCUCCCACAAUAAAAAGUAAAUGAUGUU